AUCAAUUCCAAUGUGUACAUGAUGUAUAAAGUAGAUAAUAACAGUGAGAAUGUUUAGUUGUGAAAAUGGCUGAAGCACGUAAGUUUAUGUUAAAAACUGAAAAUUAUAAGGAACAAUGUCGUUUACACUGGCCACCAAUGGGACGGCACAUUAUGGCACAGUAUGACGAGGAAUGUAUUGUAGUGUAUCAAGCUUUCUGCCCUGAAAUAGCUGAUUAUGCUGUACAGAAUGGAAAAUUUGGAGGUAAUGUGCGUAUCCAGUGGGAUCCUGACCAUGAUCCUAAAGGUGAAAACCAGAGAAGAAGAGCAGUACAACUUGGCAUAAAGGGUAUCCCUCUUCAGAGAUUCCACGAGCAGUUUGUACAACAUAUAGAAGACAUCACUGAUUUUGUCAAACAACAAAGACAGCAUGUACUUAAAAAUGAACUUGAUAAGCUUAUCACUCCAGUGGAACGUGUAUACAGACCUUCGGAUGAAGCUAUAUGCAGGCAUAUUUUACUGGAUGAAUUCCAUGGUUCGGAGAAAGGUCUUGAAAAAGAAAAACCUGCAAGAGGUGAGGCCAUUUCCACAGAUGAUAGAAACAAAAAUGAUGACAAAGUUGGAAAUGUUUCAGGUAGAAAAGUUGAUGGUGCUUAUUGUGAAGAACUAAAUACCAUGAAAACACAGCAGCCGGUUCACAAGGACGGUAAAGUGGAUUUGAUUGUUUGCCUAGGUGGCUCAUUUAAUCCCGUCAACACUAGGCACAUCCAGUUGUUAGAUACAGCCAUUUCAUGGCUUGAGAAGAACUCACACUAUAAUGUUGUUGCAGCAAGACUUGCUGUUGCCCCUGACAGUUACGUUGAAAAAAAGUGUAAACGAAAAGGUGAGGAGUGUAUCAAAGCUGAGCAUCGAAUAAAAUUAUGUGAGUUAGCAUGUAAGGGACACAAACUGAUCAAGACGCACUACACAACUACUUCUUCUGCCCAUAACUGCGGGGACAAUGUGAGGAAGUGGGAAAACUGGUUACAUGCUAAAGUUGCAGUAGUUAUUGGUGCAGAUAAGGCUGUGUGUAAUAAUGGCACCUGGAGGUGGCAUUCAAAAAACAAGUAUUUAACUGUCUGUGUUGGUCGUAAGGGUAAAACAGAUAUUGUUAGAAAAGCCUAUCUGAAGGACUACAAAGAAGACCUUGCAUCUAAUUCAGAAUUCUGUUUGAUUGAGGAGGAACUUGAGGAUGUUAGUUCUACUGAAAUAAGACGGAAGCUAGGUGAAGUAGAAAAUAACAUGAAGUCUGUAAAAAAUUGUCAAAAGAACAUAGAAAAUUCUGAUACUAGGAGUAACAUGAAAGAAAUCAAACAAAUGAAUGAGGUAACUGAAGAACCUAAUAUGAACACAGCAGACAGAAUUGUACCAGUAAGUUGGGAUGACAUAACUGAUGAAGAAAUGCAGCCACAAGAAAGAGUUCAUGCUGAAAACAACUCAGGUACAUCAGGAGAGCGAGCCAAAUUUGAAAAUGAUAGAAAUGUUCCAUUGAAGUGGGAUGAACUUGAUACUGAGGAAAAUGAACCAUUAAACUGGGAUGGACUGAAACUGGACCAAGACUCUGAUAAUGAAAACAGUUCUCAUUGUAGGAAAUUAGAUUUAAAAAAUGAAAAUAAUGGAGCACGGUUGAAAACCUCAACUUAUGUGACAGGAACUCAGUCAACAGAGACUGUGGCAACCUCAAAUAAAUUUACUGAUCAAAACAUCAAUAUUCCAACAAGGAAGAGUGUGGUUGAAAGUUUUGUGUCGAAAGGUUGGCUAGCUGAAGCUGUAGGAGAAUACAUUUUAGACAAAUUCUCUGAUCUGUAUCUAUAAAUAAGUUUGCUGAAUCUCUCUGUAUAUAUAUUUUCUUUGGCAAGAUAUUACAAGUAAAAAGCUGAUAUUCA